AUGCGGACAAUCCGCGAUUUCUUUCGACGCCCGUCGCUUUCGAGAGUCAAUCAAGACUUUCCUCCAGAUUUAGCCCAGUCUGAUUCUCAUGGCGCACAUGAGCCUCCCACGUCGUCUCCGCUUUCCGAGCCGCCACGGUCAUCUAUAACGAUAGAUCUAACUCAGGAUGGUGACGAUGGAGAGGAUGGCCCAGACACUCAACUCAGUAAACCAUCUUUACGAUCCGCUAGCGACAGCAGACCGGAAUCCUUUGCACUCGAAGCCUUUGCGCCAGACCAAAGUUACUUGCGCGCCGACACCGAAUCAAUUGGCCCACCCUCGUCUCUUAGUGGCAGCUUCAACGCAUCUCAGCGCAUUGUCAAAGAUGGCAAAGAGGUGGUUAUCAGCUCUGACGGUGAAGACACAGACUCAGUGGCCUCUCUAGAAGACCCAGAUGCGCUAUUCGCCCCGAAGACCAAGCCCAAGCCAAAAAAUGCUGGUGGGCCCGCGGCAAAAGCUUAUCAACCCGACAAAGCGUUACUCGCCAAAUUGUCUGCGCCAAAGAAAUACAAACACACCAUCGAGUCUCUUGUUCACGAUGCGGUAGAUGAUAAUGAGAUGGAGGCCAAUGUUGCCAAGGCCCGGGCGGCCUUUGUACAAUCGCAGCAGAAUGGGGACCAAAGUGGCAUGGGGGGAUCAAAGAAAGGUCUGAAUGAGGGGAUGUUAGUAUCAGCUUUUGGUGACGAUGGCGAUGAAGGGCCAAGUCUUCGACGUCUUAUGGAGGCCGUUCGAAGAACGGAGGCCCUCGAGCAAGAUCGUGCCUGGCGAUUCUUUGAUCAGAGCCAGAUGACACCAGCCACACCAGACUUCCUAAUCGAAUUGUUCCCGGCGUCGUCGCCUCUAGCGGGACUACGAGAACCUAAUUCUCGUGUUCGGGUCUUCCAGUCUGGUGUGUUGGAGUAUGCUGCGUCAUUACAGCGUUUGCCAGAUGAAUUCCUCGUGUGGCUAUUUCGCUCCGUUCCCCUUGAACCCCGAGAGGAGUUGAGAAAGGCUUAUUGCCGGAUUUUCACGCAAGCCCCCAAGGCGCAAGUGGAAUCAUUGAUUCAUCCGGAUGACAUUGACUGUCUCUUCCGUCAGCUGGGGGCUAAGUCACAAGCAAUGAACCUAUCUGAACUCAUCGUUGCAGAUUCUCCUGAACGAUCAUCAAAUGUACCACAUUUGAAAGAUCGAAUGAUGUUGAUUUCGGUCUUGACUUUAAUUGGAGACACUGCUGCAGCUAAUUUAUUUUCCGAUAAGACUCAAGAGCACGCAGUCCACAUAUUGCUGCGUAUGGCGCUGGACACAUCAUUGACCGCGGAUGAUGUGAUCCGCUCAGAGCUGCAGGGAACUUUGACUUCUCUCCUGGAAUUCGGACCGAAGGAGAGAAUGGAAUCCGGAAUUUGCACUACUGUCUAUCAAACCGUUAAAGAUCCUCAGUUUCAGAGCCGCCUGCUACAGAACAUUCUACCCACAUCCACGUGGGUUUCUUUGCUCCGCUACCGACUCGCCGUUGCGUUCCUACUUCAGGAUCCAGGACCGCUGACUGAGCCUCCCGAAGUGGUCCUUGGUCUGACGCGCAUUACUCUCUUGUUGAUGCGGGACGAGCGAUUCCAUUUAAAGAAACAUAAAGGAAUCAAUGAAUACGACUACGGCGAUUUAAUCGCCAUCACCUUGCUUCUCGACAUAUGCAUCAACUCGGCCCUAUAUGACUUGGGCUACCGGCAGGGUGACACGGAAGAGCAAUUCAACAUAUCGAUCGACCGGCUGGCUUCUCAAAUAAAGAGGAUCUUCAGCUCCAUUGAGGAUACCGGCGCAUCACACCUCCAGCGCAUGCUAGCCAAGCAGGCGCUAGAGGCGCUGCACUACCGGAUGGUAUACUCAGUCCGGUCUAAGGCACCGCCUAAGAGAACCCUCUUCAAAACAUUUGGGAGGGAGAAGAAUGGUGAUAUCAAAUCCAUAUUCAAAGCCAACUUCCUGGGCGGUGCCAGCGCCAUCGACACCGGACUGAGUACACCAUCCGGUAGUUCAGAUGCAGAUAGCGUCGAGGGCACGGCAAUGCCGAUUCGUGGAGACAGUCGGCUAUCAUAG